GCCCGGCAGACGCACGUCCUUGCAUCGCGUCCGCGCCCGCCCACGCGGCAAGCGAGAUGUUGCUGUUAUAAGAAAAUAAACAAGACGCUGUCAAAAUAAUGUGAUGUGAUAAAAAAGUGCUGCUAAAGUGUUAGUGAUGGUGCAAUGAAUUAAGUGUGGGCGAUGUGUCCCCGGACGGUGUCAUGGGGUGUGUGCGCAGCUAUUUUAUUCUACGCUUUAAGACAAGGAAUCGGCCAAGCCACAGACGUGGAGGUGAAGCUGGUGGCUCCCAGUUGGGUGGCUCGAGGUGGGUCGGCCACCCUCCGGUGCCUGCAUCAAGUGCCGCCACAGCUGCUGUACAAAGUGGAGUUCCUCCGCUCAGAGGCGAAGCUCCUGCAGUAUGUCAGGGAGAGAGUGCCGCCGUUCACUAACUACACUUUUGCUGGUGGGAAGCUGAAUAUGUCGUUAGCAACAGAGAAUUCAAUAACGAUCGACAAUUUGGACCCAACAGCAUCAGGUUUAUAUUGGUGCGAGGUGUCUCUAGAGACCCCAAUCUUCACAGCAGCCUCUCCCCCACACCAACUCACUGUUGUAUAUGCACAAAAACAUCCCCCCAUAAUAACGUUCGCUAAACCCGACGUUGUGGUGGGGGGGAUGUUCCGCGCAAACUGCACUAGCGCGCCGGCUGCGCCCGCGCCGCGACUCACGUGGUACAUCGACAAUGAGAAGGUCCCAGAAGAAUCUGUCCGUUACUUUUCAUACCGUGUAUCGAGCUCCACAAGGACCAAAGGCGGUGGUGGGUACCGCCACAGAAAGCACCAACACCGAUACAUUGCACCAGAAUUCAACUACACUGCCAAGUACUGGGCGCUCGUUAGUGAGACGACCACGCCGCCUCCGUCGAAUCAUAGUAAACACAAUAAGUGCACACUGAAGGAAGCGCAAAGCGAAGAGAUGGCCAGGAUCCAAGAAAGACCAAGAGUGCCUCCCGCCAUACCCAUUUCCCUCUGGGUCUCCAUAGCAGAACUGCACGCGCCUGCCCGAGGUCGGCAGCAGCUGACCUGCACGGCCACCAUUCCAGACGAAGUCGGUCCUGGAGAGCGCUUCGCAGAUGUCAAGAAGCAAACUGUCACUGUGGCGGUGAACGAGUUUAGUAUGAAAAAGCCACACUCCGAGACCAGCCAAGCCAGUGGAUCAUCAGCCUUGACGACAUCGUUCUCAUUGGGUCUUCUCUAUUUGGUCUUUUUACUGCGCAACGUUUCAAAAUUCUGACUUCCAGAUUUUAAUUCCCAAUUUGCUGAAAAAUUAAGUUAUUAGUGUGAACGUAUUUUGUGUUCAAUUUAAAGGUUAUGAUUUUAUUCACAUAAGCCUCGUAUUAUUUAGUACAUUAUAUGACCGUUGUUACUACGAUAAACUACUUCACCAAAUAUUUCAACAAAAGAUCAAAUUAUAUUAUUUAAGAUCUCAAUACGCAUCCAAUAUUGUAAGUACUAGUACAGUCGCCAGCAUAUCAGAGUAUACUUUUUACUGCAUUUGAGUUUAGCUUAAUGUGCCUACCACACAAGUACCUCAAUGAAACUAAUUAUUUAGGUUAUCUCCUUUUCUUUUAAUAUAAUAUACCGCAAGCAAUAACUGUCUUAUCGCAGUCAGUAAGUAACUAACUUUUAGGUUGUCUUCCCAAAUAUGACAUACGAGAUCUCAUCUUAAUUUAGCCUACAAAUGGUUCAACAGAACUGCUGCCAUUGCUGAGCAACUUAUUGUACAGUUAAUUUUGAGUUAUCCAGCUUCUGGUAAAGUUUAGAGUUUGACUUGCACGCUCCACGAAAACUUUAAAGUUUCCUUUGUAAAAAUAUUGCUUUGUGAAAUAAAAAUAUAUCAUUUGUAUUCCGACACUGUGUACAAGAUCGUCGCGCAUGAAACAAUAUUUACCUGCAGUACGUGUUCAUGUUACUACAUCUUAUAUUAUACAGGGUGUCCCAGAAUGGGUGAAUCAAA